UUUUGGAAUGUCAUCAGGAUCGCAUUUAAGCAAAGAAUUACAUGAUUUGAUCAAAUCAAUAGGAGAGACUCGUAGCAAAUAAGAAGAAGACAAAAUUAUAAUUAAAGAAGUUCAAUAAUUAAAAACUAAACUUAAUGAAAAGAAUAUGCCACAAAAAAAAGUGAGAGAAAUGCUUAUUAAAGCAAUAUAUAUAGAAAUGUUAGGGUAAAAUUUAAAAGUGAAGUAUAAAGUCAUGAUGCAUCUUUUGUGCAUAUAAAUGCAAUUCAUUUAACUCAAUCAAAGAGUUUGGCACUAAAGAGAUUGGGAUAUUUGUGUUGUUCUUUAUUUUUGGAUAAUGAUAGCGAGCUUUUAAUAUUAUUGGUAGCCACACUAUAAAAAGAUUUAACAUCAACUAAUGUUCACAUUGUAGUCAAUGCUCUUACUGCAGUAGGAAAAUUGAUUAGCAAGACUUUUGUGAAUGCUUUGACAGAACCUGUAUUAAAAUUGUUAACUCAUAGUACUGAUAUUGUAAGAAAGAAAGUAUUUAAUAGAUGAUUUAUUUUAGGCAUUAAUGGUAAUGUAAAUUAUAAGAUAAUUAAAUUAAGAUUGUAUAGCAGAAUAGGAUUAUGAUGAUAGAAUACGAAGAGGAAUUUAAGAUAAAGAGCCUAGUGUUAUGGGAGCUGCAUUCAACUUGUAUCAUGAAGAAUUAAAGAAAGGUGCAGUUAAUAAAUUCAAACCACUUACAGGAACUUUUGUUUCUAUGCUCAAAUAAAUUAUAGAACAUAAACUACAUAAGGUAAAAUUGUAUUAUAUUUUAUUUAGGAUUAUGAUUAUCAUAGAUUUCCUGCUCCAUGGUUAUAAAUUAAACUACUUUAAAUUCUUACUCUUUUAGGAGCCAAUGAUUUGAAAGUUAGUGAAUAGAUUUAUGAGGUUUUGGGAACAACUUUAAGAAGAGCUGAUGAUACAACAAUAAAUAUUGGUUAUGCUGUUACAUAUCAAUGUGUCAAAUGUAUUAGUGGCAUCUAUCCUUAAUAAAGUUUAUUAGAAUAGGCUGCUAAUUCUGUAUCUAGAUUUUUGAAAUCUGAAAAUAAUAAUUUGAAAUAUUUAGGAAUUAAUGCUUUAACAUAAAUUGUUUCUAUUUCAUAGAAAUAUGUUUUAGAACAUUAAAUGACUAUUGUAGAUUGUUUAGAAUCAAAUGAUGAUACUUUAAAGAAAGAGACUUUAGAGUUACUAUACAAAAUGACUAAUGAAUAAAAUUGUGAAGUAAUUAUUUAAAAAUUGAUACAUUUUCUUAAAACAAGCUCUGAUUCUAAUUUUAAAAAAGAUUUGUUUGUUAAGAUAUCGUUACUAAAUGAAAAACAUGCACCAACUUAAGAGUGGUUUAUAAAAACAGCUAAUACAUUAUUUGAAUAUGGAUCUGAAUUUAUAGAUAAUGAUGUUAGAAAUAAUUUCUUUAAAUUAUUAAUAGAUAAUUUUAAUGAUAUUGGAUCUGAAUUUGGAGUAUUUAUAACUGAGAUAUAUUCGGAAUUACUAAAAAAUGAUUUGUAAGAUAAUAUUUUAAAAAUUGUUUGUUGGGUAAUAGGUGAAAUUGGUUCAUAAAUAUAUGAUUAAGAUCCAAAUAAAUUAAAUGAAUUAACUUAAUUAAUAAUUUUAAAAUUAGAUUCUUAAUUGGAAUCAGAAACAACAAUUUCUUGGAUAUUAACUUGUUUAGCAAAAUUAUAAUCGGCAAGAGCAUUUUAAAUGUUUGAUCAAACUAGAGCAAUAUUUUAAAAAUAUAUGUAAUCAAAGAAUUUAGAUUGUCAAUAAAGAGCAAUAGACUUUUAUACACUAGCAAAAUUUAAUGCCGCUUUAAAAGGAUCCCAAUUUAUAACAGUAGAUCCAAAGAUGUAAUUUUUAGAUGCUUAUGUAUAAUAAGAAAGAUAACGUGGAGCUUAACCAUAUAAUCCUUCAUUAUAAGUUAAAGCAGCUGCAUUAGGAUCAGCAACAGAAGCCCCAUCUCUUAAUUUUAUUCCAUAUAGUGACACUAAAUAUGGAGGUAAUAAAACUGGUACAUUUGGAACUGAAGAGAAUAAAUUGACAACUUAGAAUCCAUCAGCUCCAACAAUAGCAGGACCUUGGGAUGAUACAGGUUAUAAUUAAAAAUAACCACCUCCUCCUAAACCUACAAUAGCAACUCCUAUGUCUAUAGGUUCUACCACUGGAAUAGGAAGUAAUAGUAGUGGAUAAACAACAACUAAAACAACUAUGUAAUCUAUGGGUAGUGGAUAAAUGGGAUUGAAUACCAAUCAAUCUUAAAGUACUUAUGUCCCAUCUGUUAGACCUCUUCCUCCUAAAGAAGAUCCUAAUUUAAAGGAAAAGUAAAAAUUAGCUAAUCAAUUAUUUGCACCAAUUUCCUAAACUUAACAAUAACCUUCUUAGUAAUAAUCAUUACUAUUUAAUAUUAGAUCUACUUAAAAAAAAGGAAUUACUACUAUGGCGGCAUCAAAACAAAUGAAUUCUAACAUUAAUACAAAUUAACCUUAGUAGCCAAAACAAACAGCUUAAGUAUUAAAUUUAUUAGAAAUUGAUGAACCUUUACCUAUUUAAUCAUCAUAGUAACCUAUCAUUGGAACUUCUUAAGGAUAUGUUUAAUAACCUUAAAUCAUCAAUUAAAAACCCAUUAUAGCUUAAUAAUAAUAAUUAUGGUCUUAACCUACUGCUUAAAUAUAAUCCAUACCAUAAUAAUAAAUUAAAUCAUAUAUACCAGCUAAUAUCAAUGUUGAUCAAUAUGAACAACUUUGGGAAAGAAAUCAAAAUAUUAAAGAAAUCACUUUAUAAAGCAAAAUUAAAUCUGAAUAAGAUUUCAGAAAAAUGAUCUAAACCAUUAAUAUUAAUGUAACUAAAACUUAUUUCUAUCUUAGAUUAUUGAAGUCAUUGAUCAAGAAAUUAUUUGUGCUGGUGCUAAUGCAGAAAGCAAGAGUUGCGUUCUAUUAUAUGGAUCUUAUAGUUUGAAUGGAUCAUUAGAAUUAAAAAUUAAUAGUACAGAUCCUAAAGAUGCUGAAUAUAUUUUAGCUCUUAUUAAAAGAUAAUUCUGUUGAUAAGGAAUUACAAAGAC